AUGGAGGAUCUUUCGGUUGAAGUUAACGACGGUAACGGAGUUUACUAUAAGGCAUAUUUAAAAAGCUUCUAUGAUGAUGAAGUGCUGGUGUCUUUUGAGAAUAACUGGCAGCCGGAUAAGAGGGUAAAGUUGUCCAAUGUACGACUGCCACCAAAGAAUGGUACAAACAAGGCAGAGUUUAAAGAGGACGAUCGAGUUGAGGUUUUUGGAAAGGUCAAGAAUGGAGAAGGUUUGGCUUGGUACCCUGCCAAAAUAAAAAUAUUGAAGGGGGAGUUUGUUGUGGUGUCUUCACCUUGGGAUGCCAGUGACAUUUUGCCACUUGACAAGAUCAGGCCUGUCAAUUUGAACCCACCAAUUACUAAGGAGUCAUUCUUUCAAUUUGUGCUUGAAAUUCCGCCAGAUUUGAGAGAAGGAUGUCAAGAGGAAAUGGCAGUUCAGGAGUUCCGCAAGCACAUAGGUGGCGCUAUGGUCACUUACAGUCCAGAAGACAAGUCGUUGCAUGUUCUUAGCACAAGCCCAGCCGUGAUCAAGAGGGCUUCCAUGAUUGGGGACAUGUUUCUCCGAAACAUGAGGCAGAAAGUUCUGCUGAAGCAGCGUACAGAGGAAGCGGUGAAAAAACUACAGAGCACCAAGAUUCGCUCCGGGCACAUGGAAGAAUUCCGAGUACAGGACGAACUGAUGGGGUUAGCCAUUGGCACACAUGGAGCAAACAUCCAGCAGGCUAGAAAGGUGGAGGGCAUCACAGGCAUUGAGCUAGACGAGUCAACUUGUACCUUCAAAGUCUAUGGAGAGACACUGGAGGCUGUCAGAUCUGCCAGGGGUUUACUGGAGUUUUCUGAGGAGACAUUUCAGGUGCCUAGAGAUUUAGUGGCCAAGGUUAUCGGAAAAAAUGGCCGCAAUAUCCAAGACAUUGUUGACAAGUCUGGCGUUGUCCGAGUCAAGAUUGAGGGGGACAGCGAACAUGAGACUGAGAGAUUGGAGGGCCAGGUGCCAUUUGUGUUUGUUGGAACCAAGGAGAGCAUCAGUAAUGCUAAACUUCUGCUGGACUUUCAUCUGGAUCACUUGCAGGAAGUGGAGCUGCUUCGUCAGACCAAACUAGAGAUUGAUCAGCAGCUGAAGUCACUGUCAGGACCUCAACCAGGCACUUACUUCCCACCACCUCGAAACACAAGAUGGGGGGACCAAUUUGAAGACAGGCGGGGUCGAGGCGGGCGUGGUACAGGCAGAGGUCGUCGGUGGAACACAGACAGACAUGGUGAUGACUCUUCUAUGCCUUCAGCCGCAGUGGGAGACUGGUCGGCAGAGGUCAGUGAUGAGAGGAACCCAUCAGGCUACGUCACAGAUAGUGUGUUGAGCAGGCGCGGCAGGGGAGGUGGAAGAGGCAGGGGUGGCAUGUCCUAUCGAGAUGCUGGAAGGUAUGAUGAUGAAUCACAAGACCUGAGGUCACGCCGUCGAGUGACAGAUGAUGAUGAUACUGUCCUUGACAACGCUAGCGUAACAAGUCAGGACGGAGAUUAUGAUCAGGAUCCCCAAAGAAGACCUCGGAGGAGAAAGAACAACCCUAGAGGAGCUGCUAGUGGAACUUCAGGCCCAGAGACAGACAGGCGCGUUUCCAACUACAGAAGAGAUCACGUCCGGGGCCGAGGCGGCUACAACCACCGGGGCUAUGAGUCGGAGUCUGGACAUCCGGCCAGUGCUUCCAUGCCUGGCGUACCCAGAGCUUCAGUCAGCCCGAGCAGACAGACUGUCAACGGAGGAAGCGGAGACUGGCCUAGCAGGCAGGAGUCUGGACCUAACGGACCACGCGACGUUCGCCCGCCAAGGGACAACCGUUCCAGAGGAAGGACCAAUGGCGGACCUGCCAUGGGAGGUGCGUCUCAGAAUUUCAAAAUGGCAGGGAAUCAUGUGGGCGGUAGUGAGGUCAACCCACAGUUUGCGGCAAACAAGGUCAACAACAGCAGCACCGUCAAGGAACAGUUAGUAAAUGGAGAGUAA